AUGAGGAAGAGAAAGACAAGGGUAGCAGUGCCAGCCCCCUGCAGCCCACCUGGCUCGCUCACUUUUCAAUACAACACUCAGCCGGAUCUCGCCAAUGAUACCGUCCACAUCAGGUGCCUCGGAGCCGAGCCCCCACCCCACCGGCUGAUGACCCUUAGCAGCCUCUCUGCCCCGCCGCACCGCAAGGGGACUGACCGCCUCCAGAGGCUCCUUCAGCUCCGACUGGAAAUACCAGGAAACCGUCAGCUUCGGACCCGCCGGGACUGGACUGCGGAAGGUGCACUUCAAGCGCACGUCGGUCCCGUUCAAUGCUUCCAGGGUGCCAGGGGUGAACGUUUCCAGAGCCGCCACCGGCCCGAGCGCUGCGGAAAGAAGCAGAGGGAAGGCGAAUGCCGCGGCAGGGCCCGACGGCACCUGGCGGAAGGAAGGAAGGGCCCAGAGCCGCCGCUUCCUGGAGGUGGGCGCUGCCCGCUCGGCGCAGAAGGGAAGGAAGCCGCUGAACAGGUCGCGGCUCCGACGGCCAGGCAGGCGGAGGGACAGGUUGAAGAAAUCAAGGUGGAACUCUCUUUGGGGAAGGUGUUUCUCACGUGCCCGGGAAAGGAAUUCAAUUGGUGGGACAUGAAGUCCGAUCGAGGACGCACGAAAACUCUGAACUUCUCCACCCCAGACGACCAGCUCGAAAGAGGGUGGAAUUUUUUCUGUGGGCAAAAGAAUGCCAAAUUCUGGAAGAUUUACCUGCAGAUCAAAGGGUGCAAGGACUGUGUGGAGCUGAGCUUCGGCCUCGGGGCUGGCAUCGUCGUGGCUGACCUCCUGCUCACACUGGGAGUCCUGCUCCUGGUCUACUUCUGCAGCCAGAAGCAGCAAGCCCUCUUCAGGCCAGGUGCCCCACGGCGGCUGCAAGGACAGCAAACAGAUCAGCCCCCACCUGUUCCAAAUCCAGAUUAUGAGCCGAUCCGGAAGGGCCAACGGGAGGUGUAUGCUGGUCUGGAGCCCCAGGCUUCCUGAGGUGCUGCCUCGCUUGCCAUGGCAAGAUGCCAGAUGUUCCAGCUGGCCACGAGAGUCCCAGAAGUGCCUGCCUUCUCCUCUUUGCACUAACUGCUGACCUUCCUGGUGUGGGGGGGCUCCCUGUUUGCGCCGAGCUUUGCCGCUAGAAAAUCGGGUGGCCUGGAGAGCCCCAUCCCCGGUGGAGCAGAGAGCUGCGGGAUGACUGCAGGUCUCACCUGGGCGAGAAAGGGGCACCCUGGGAGCCUCUCCCCUCGUGUGGGGCCACUCAGCCAGAGCACUGCUACUCCAAGGGCACCCCAACUCUGUGGCUCCCGUCCCGUCCCCUGGGCAGGGCCUGCUGUUCUGGCUGGGGGUGCCCAGGGACCACUUGUGACCAGGUCUCCCCUAGAGCACCUGGUCCAUUUGUGCCCACUUGCCCUGGCAGGGGACGCCACGAGGGCCUGCUUUUACAUUUGUUUGGCUUGUGCUUGCAAAGAAUCCUAGUAAAGCUCUCUUCCAUUCACC